AGCUGUUGUCUGUCACAACAUUCACAAAGAGGACGGAGCAUUCAACGCCGGCAAAUGAAGUAGAAAUAAAUAAAUAAAUAGCAAAACAAUAAUAAAAAUGUUCAACAAAGGGAUUUUACUGCUGCUAGCGCUUAUUUACAGCUGUGCCGCUCACGAUACUUCAAUGCUGCCGGAGGCCUAUGUGGAUGCCGCCCAGCGCUCAACGCAUACGAAUAAUUGGGCGGUGCUGGUGGAUGCGUCGCGCUUCUGGUUCAAUUAUCGCCAUGUGGCCAAUGUGCUGUCCAUUUACCGCUCGGUGAAGCGUCUGGGCAUACCCGACUCCCAAAUAAUUCUAAUGAUUGCCGAUGACAUGGCCUGCAAUGCGCGCAAUCCACGACCCGGUCAGGUUUACAACAAUGCCAAUCAGCAUAUCAAUGUCUACGGCGAUGAUGUUGAGGUCGACUAUCGCGGCUAUGAGGUGACUGUCGAGAAUUUUGUGCGCCUACUCACGGGACGCACACAAAAUGGCACCGCACGUUCCAAGAAGCUACUAUCCGAUGCUGGCAGUAACGUGCUCAUCUAUCUGACUGGACACGGCGGCGACGGCUUCCUAAAAUUCCAAGACUCUGAAGAGAUAACCAGCCAGGAACUGGCCGACGGUAUACAGCAAAUGUGGGAAAAGAAACGUUACAACGAGCUCUUCUUCAUGGUGGACACUUGCCAGGCAGCAUCGUUGUACGAGAAGUUCACAUCGCCCAAUGUUUUGGCCGUGGCUAGUAGUCUUGUAGGCGAGGAUUCAUUAUCGCAUCAUGUGGAUGCCUCGAUUGGGGUUUACAUGAUCGAUCGCUAUACCUACUAUGCGCUUGAGUUUCUGGAGAAAGUGCAGCCAUUCAGCAAGCGCACAAUUGGCGAAUUUUUACAAGUCUGUCCGAAGCGUGUUUGCAUCUCAACUGUAGGCGUGCGCAAGGAUUUAUACAGGCGUGAUCCGCAUAAGGUGCCCAUCACCGACUUCUUCGGAGCCAUACGACCCACACACGUCUCCACGGAUCGCAUUAAUGUGACACUGGCGAACGAAGAAGACUUUGUCAAUGCGGUGGCCAAUGUGCGACCAAAGAAGCAGUUCAAGAUCGUAAUGGAACCGCAGUUUACUGCCGCAUUCUUGAAAUGAGAGAGGGUGCCAGCUUAGGUUGACAGGUUCUAUGCUGCCCAGUGGAGAAUAUUUUAAAUUAAGCUUGAACCAAAACUAUUGUAAAUAAUUAAUUUAUGUAUACGCUAAUAAAUAUUUUGUGUUCUUAAAAUAUCUCUAAAA